CAAUUCCACACAGCGCUGCAUCACCAAGGAGAUCCCCAGGCUGCUCAAGUUCGGCUCCUGUUUCCUACGUAUACCUCGAUGGCUGCCACCAAAUUUGCCAUCUCUGCAGUCCUUGCCUGCCUGCUGCUUGCAGCUUUCAGACCAGCAGAUGCGGAUUGCAUCUCAUCGGGGCUCUCGAUCCGUAAUACCUGCUCUGCGUUCAUCAGCUCGGUCAAGGCUCAGACCAGUGCCAUCAACACUCUGGACUGCGGCAGCAUCCGCAACAACAUCAACUCUGGGCAAUAUGGCACCCCUUCAACCGCGUGCUGCAAUGAUGCCAAUGCCUUCUUUGGCGCCAACUGCCUGAACACGCGCUUCAUCUACAACACAGCGAUCAGCCCUUCAUACGGCUUCACCGAUGACUCCCUUAACGCAGCCUGCACCCAGGCGGCUGCCCUCACCAUGACAAUUCAGGAAGAAGAGUACGUGGAAGACGAGGAGUACGAUGAGGAAGACGACGAAGAUGAAUACGAUGUUGAAGAACAGGACGAUGGGGAUGUUGAGGAAGACGAUAUGGAGGAGAUGGACCAGCUGGAAGUCCUUCAAAAUGCUGGUUUCAUAAGAGGCCUGGAACCCCUUUUGGCUGGGCGUGGAGGCCAAGGGGCGUCUGGCGUGGGGAAGAGCUCCACAGCAAACUCCAUCUUUGCAGAAAGGGUGGCCAACGUGACAGCCCUGCAGUCAGACACAGCCAAGGCGCAGUGCUUCUCGCGUGUGGCUGCCGGCUUCACCCUCAGCAUCAUCGACACCCCUGGAGUGCUCGAAGGCGAUGCAAUCAACGGCGCGGCGCUGUCAGGGAUUGUAUAUGAGGUGAAGGGGCGGCCGGUGGACGCAGUGCUCUUCCUGAACCGCCUGGAUGACUUCAGGGUGGAUGCCAGCACUGUUCAGGUCAUCGAGGGCAUCACGCGGGCGCUGGGUGACAACAUCUGGGACAACACCUUCAUCGGCCUCACACACGGGCGACUCACCAGCCUCCCAGACGACCUCACAUAUGAUGAGUACGUGGAUCGGCGAGCCGGGGCGCUGAGGGACGCGAUCCGCAAGCACGGCGGGGCAAAGUCAGCUGAGCUGCCGGUGGUGCUGAUAGAGAACUCGUCGCGCGCGGCCACCAGCCCCGAGGGCGAGAAGCUGCUCGGCAACAAGCGCCCCUGGCUGCCCGACCUCAUGCGCCAGGUGACCCAGAAGAGCUUGGAGUGGGCACCGUACCGCUACGACCCCGCGGUUGUGCGGCGCAACGAUCCCAACAAGAAGUGCCGCUGGCUCAUCCCUCUGGUGCUACUGGCCCAGAUCGCGUUCAAGGUGCUGGUCCUGGACAGAGUGCUCGAGGAGGACGGCGUUACGGGCGACGCUUACGGUCCCUACGACCCGGAGUUUGUCCAGGAAGAGCGCGAGCGCAUCGCGCGCGAAAAGGAGCGGGAAAGGGCGCGCAAGCGCAGGGAAGCGGACAAGCAGAAGCAGCAGUCGGCAUCACAGAAGAAGGGCUUUGCUCCUGCUGCACCUGCCAGUGUGUACGACGAUGAUGAUGAGGAUGAUGAUUUUGAGGACGAAGAGGAUGAAGACUGA